AGAAUCUUCUGGAACCUUUUCCUCAAUCUAAAGCCCUAACCCCCAAACUCUAGUCCGGUCUUGCCCUCAUCGUCCACAUUCCAGGACAACUCAUACGCUUAAGCUCCAUCGCUACAGUUUCAAUGGCGUCUGCUAACGCUCUCUCAUCUGCUUCCGUCCUCUGCUCUCCUCGUCAGGGAAGGUUGAGAAGAGGAAACCAGCAGCAGGGGCAGAGUGUAAGCUACAGGAAAUCGAGCCGACGUUUCGUGGUGAAGGCAAAUGCUAAAGAAAUCGCCUUUGACCAGAGCUCUAGAGCUGCGCUUCAAUCUGGGAUCGAUAAGCUUGCAGACGCUGUUGGUCUCACACUCGGCCCUAGAGGGAGAAACGUUGUUUUGGAUGAAUUUGGAAGCCCCAAGGUGGUGAAUGAUGGAGUGACCAUUGCUCGUGCUAUCGAGUUGCCUGAUGCCAUGGAAAACGCUGGUGCAGCUCUUAUUCGGGAGGUUGCCAGUAAGACUAAUGAUACAGCUGGAGAUGGGACAACCACCGCAUCUGUCCUUGCCCGGGAAAUUAUCAAACAAGGGCUUCUGAGUGUCACUUCUGGUGCUAACCCCGUCUCACUCAAGAGAGGAAUUGAUAAAACGGUGCAAGGUUUGAUAGAAGAGCUGGAGAAGAAAGCCAGGCCUGUGAAAGGUCGUGAUGACAUCAAAGCUGUCGCUUCCAUCUCUGCUGGAAACGAUGAGCUUGUGGGAACGAUGAUCGCCGAUGCAAUUGAUAAGGUUGGAUCCGAUGGUGUAUUGUCCAUCGAAUCAUCCUCCUCUUUUGAGACGACUGUCGAAGUUGAAGAAGGAAUGGAGAUUGACCGCGGUUACAUCUCGCCUCAGUUUGUUACAAACCCUGAGAAACUGCUGGUUGAGUUCGAGAAUGCUAGGGUAUUGAUCACCGAUCAGAAAAUCUCUGCGAUCAAGGACAUAAUCCCGAUUUUGGAGCAGACAACUCAGCUAAGGGCUCCAUUGUUAAUUAUAGCGGAGGAUGUUACAGGGGAAGCCUUAGCUACGCUUGUCGUGAACAAGCUCCGAGGUGUUCUCAAUGUAGCUGCCAUUAAAGCACCUGGCUUUGGUGAGAGGAGGAAGGCUAUGCUUCAGGACAUUGCAAUUCUUACCGGAGCCGAGUACCAAGCCAGUGACAUGGGCUUACUGGUUGAAAACACGACUAUCGAGCAGUUGGGUAUUGCCCGAAAAGUCACCAUUAGCAAGGACUCGACCACAAUCAUAGCGGACGCAGCUUCCAAGGACGAGUUACAAGCCCGCAUUGCCCAGCUGAAGAAAGAGCUAGCAGAGACAGAUUCAGUGUAUGACUCCGAAAAGCUAGCUGAGAGGAUAGCAAAGUUAUCUGGAGGGGUAGCUGUGAUUAAGGUAGGGGCAGCAACCGAGACAGAGCUAGAGGACCGUAAGCUACGUAUCGAGGACGCAAAGAACGCAACUUUCGCUGCAAUCGAGGAAGGGAUUGUGCCGGGCGGUGGUGCCGCCUUGGUCCAUCUCUCCACCGCGGUUCCAGCCAUCAAGGAGAAACUCGAGGACCCUGACGAGCGUUUGGGAGCAGAUAUUGUCCAGAAGGCAUUGGUGGCGCCGGCAGGGCUGAUAGCGCAGAAUGCGGGGAUUGAAGGGGAGGUGGUGGUGGAGAAGAUAAUGGCUGGCGAGUGGGAGAUUGGGUACAACGCCAUGACCGAUAAGUACGAGAACUUGCUGGAGGCAGGAGUGAUAGACCCAGCGAAGGUGACGAGAUGUGCACUUCAGAACUCGGCCUCGGUGGCAGGAAUGGUUCUGACCACUCAAGCCAUCGUCGUGGAGAAACCUAAACCUAAGGCUGCUGCCGCUGCUCCUCCCCAGGGCCUCAUGGUGUAGUUUGAAAACAUCAUAUGGCGGGUUUUUUUUUUUUUUUUUUUUUUU